AUGACGUCCCCCCAAAAGGACGUCACCCCCUACCUGGUGGUCCUCGUCCUCAUCGCCGUCCUGGGACCACUCCAGUUCGGCUAUCACUUGGCCGAGCUCAACGCCCCACAAGAUGUCUUGACCUGCGCAUCGCCUAAACCUCCCUCGAUCGUCUCCCGCUUUUUCUCUUUCAGCUCCAAACAAGUCGAUAAUGAUACCGACUGCAUUCCCAUGACACCCCCCACCUUUGCUGCUAUCUCCUCUGUCUUCACCCUCGGCGGUCUGCUCGGGUCCUUGACCUCCGGCCCGCUAACCUCCCGCUACGGUCGUCUCCUCUGCAUGCGCUUCACCUCCCUUUUUUUCCUCGUUGGAUCGGUCAUCGCAUACCUCGCUACCUCCGCGCCCGCGUUGGGCGUGUCGAGGUUUCUGACGGGUACCGCUGCCGGUGCGAGUACCGUGAUUGUGCCGUUGUAUAUUAGCGAGGUUGUUCCCGCUGAGAGGAGGGGGUUUUUCGGGAGUUGGACGCAGGUUGGGGUGAAUGUGGGGAUUUUGGGAACUCAGAGUCUUGGGUACUCUGUGAGUGAGGGGGGAAAGGGAGAAUGGAGGUGGGUGUUUAUCGUUGGGGUUGGGAUUGCGAUUGUGCAGAUCGUGGGGUUGGGGGGUGUGGUGGAGAGUCCGAAAUGGCUUGGGGGUGUGAAGGGCGAUGUUGCAAAGGCAAGGAGAGCUCUACAGAGGAUUAGGGGCCGGAGCUCGGGGGUAGAGGAGGAGAUUGCCUCUUGGGGAGUGACCCCGACGCCAACCGAAAGACAGCGUCUUCUUGAUGAAGAAGCCGAAGCACCGUCCCUCCUUCAACCUGUCUCCCCUACGCGCAGCAAGCCCAUAACACUAGGCUUCCUCCAAGUCCUAACCGACCCACUCACUCGCCCAGCGAUCCUCGCCGUAGUAGGUAUCAUGUUCGCCCAACAACUCUGUGGCAUCAACUCCAUCAUCAUGUACUCCGUCUCCCUCUUAAAGGACUUGCUCCCCAUCAGCUCAGGCAUUCUCACCAUCCUCAUCUCAAUCAUCAACCUCGCCGCCACAAUCGCCUCCUCCCCGCUCCCCGACCGCCUUGGCCGCAAAACCUGCAUCUUACUCUCCAUCGCCGGGCAGGGAACAAGCUCCCUCAUCCUCGCACUGUCCAUCGUCUUCAAUUAUAAACUCCUCUCCGCAUUUGCAGUGCUCUUCUUCGUGGCGUUCUUCGCUGUCGGACUCGGGCCGGUGCCGUUUAUCCUUGCGUCGGAGCUGGUCGGGCCCGAGGCGGUGGGCGCUGCGCAGAGCUGGGCGUUGGGGGCCAAUUAUGUGGCGACAUUUUUGGUGGCUUAUUUGUUUCCUAUUGUGAAUGAGGAACUGAAUAGGGUUCUGGGAGGGGCUGGAUGGGUGUAUUUUAUUUUUGCGGGGUUUGCGGUCGCAGCGGGUGUUUUUGUGACCAAGAGGGUGCCGGAGACGAGGGGGAAGGGGUGGGAGGAGGUUUGGGGGAGGGAGAGGAGGGUUGACUAG